AUGGCAUCCACUUCAAGCCACACAUCUAAGGAAGUCGACAUAACGCGUGAAAAUUCCGCAUCUAAUCUACUAGAAGAGUCCAAAGAUUUCUUUGAAAUAUCUAGAACCUGGGAAGUACUACACAGAGAGCUCUUCAAUAGCACGCUGAAAUAUGGAGAGGACGCGAAAGUUUUCUAUAGGAGAUUAGAAGUACUAUAUAACGAAUUACAAAAAGUAGACACGAUCAUAGGAGAAGAAGCUAAAAAAGACAAGGCUAUACGAGCGUUACCUGAUGAGAUGAAAGAGACGAAAGUAUCACUCUAUCUAAACUAUAGCCAAACAUUUGGUUACGAUGAUUUGAUCAAGAAAAUCAUUAAUUAUUAUAAUGCCAGUCUCAUAUUUGAACCAACAAUUGAAGAGACACCAGUCAAUCAAACUACAUCAUUAAAACCUGUUAACUAG